AUGACCUUGUUUAUCCGGAGAUGUGUUUUCAAUCUUUCUCCCCUAGUUGAGGUUUCAGCUGCACAGCUGCAUUUGGGACACUACAAUUCAAAAUAUAAACUAGUUGUUGAUCCUCAUAAAGAGGAUACUAUUAAAAGUGGUUUUGAGAAUGUGACGAGAUGGCUUAUAGUAGCAGAUAUAUUGAGAG